UCGCAGGCUUUGUGAGAGGGUACUGGAUACUCGUACUAAUCAGGUCUGGAUUUGAGCCACAAUUUCAGAUUCGACCCCCUCUUUUGAGUCUUUCCAAAGCUUCACGGUAACCCAAUGCCCUCAUACAUGCUCUGAAACUCAAAACUACACGCCUCGGUGUUUCUCUCAAUCGUCUCAAACCUUCUUCUUCUUAUUGAUCGCCGAAAUCAAUCUCAGCUUCCAUCGCAAAUCCUAGAUCAUGUCGGGCGGGUUUUUUAGGGGUACUUCGGCUGAUCAGGACACGAGGUUUUCUAAUAAGCAAGCCAAGCUGCUGAAAUCGCAAAAAUUUGCACCUGAAUUGGAACAUUUGGUGGACAUGAGGAAGGUGAAUAUGGAUGUGCUCCGUCCAUGGAUUGCUAAUAGGGUAACUGAGCUUCUCGGGUUCGAAGAUGAAGUUCUUAUCAACUUCAUUUAUGGUCUUUUGGAUGUGAAGGAAGUGAAUGGAAAGGAGAUUCAAAUUUCACUGACUGGAUUUAUGGAGAAAAAUACGGUGAAGUUUAUGAGAGAGCUUUGGACGCUUCUUCUCAGUGCGCAAAACAAUGCCAGUGGUGUCCCUCAACAGUUCUUGGAUGCCAAACAAGAGGAAGCACGAAAAAAGAAGGAGGAGGCAGAUGCAAUUGAAACUCAGAGAAAGAAAGAUAAGGAGACGCUUGAACUAGAGAGAUUGAAGAAGAUGGAAGGAGGGGCUGAUAAGAAAUCAAGCAAUGCUGCUUUGGAGCCAAACUCAAAUCGUGUGUCACCAAGGGCUUCAAGUGAUCAUCCUGAUGAUGAAAGAGGGAAUGGCAAGAGGAAUGGUGUGAAGCCAAGUAACAAUGUUUCUAGAUCUCCAGAUUCAGCAGAUUCAGAUUCAUCUUUGUCCCCUCGGUUUGGUGAACGAGACAGGUCAAGAAGUGUAUCCAUUUCACCAAAAGCACGAGGACGGUCCAUUUCUUCUGAAAGGGGAAGGGGUUAUCGCUCUCCACAAAGACGACCGAUUACGCCUAGGAGGCGUUCACCUGAGGGAUCACUCUCCCCAAGAGGAAGAUCACCUUAUUCCAGGCGAGGAUCAAGAUCAAAAUCACCACGCAGAUCGCGCUCUCCUAUAGUGCGUCGAGCUCGUUCUCCCUAUCAUCGUAGGUCACGAUCUCCUGGACGUCGCAGGUCACCUCCUCCUUUCCGAAGCCGCAGAUCACCUUCACCUUUUCGAGGCCGUAGAUCACCCUAUCGGCGCCGAAGAUCACCCUCGCCUCCCCGCCGCCGCAGAUUACCCUCACCUAUUCGUAAUCGCAGAUCACCAUCACCUAUCCGGCGUCGCAGAUCACCUUCCCCUCUGCGGCGACGGAUGUCACCUCUUGUACGGCGUCGCAGGUCCCCCUCACCUGCACGUCGCAGAUCACCCUCUCCUGUUCGAUCAUCAUAUCGAAGAUCUCCACGGAACAGGUAUGCAUCUCCAGUGCAACGGAGGUCACCAGUUCGUGGUGGCAGAAGGUCCCCACCUCUUCGACGUAGGUCUCCUUCGCCUUCUGAUCGAAGUUCUUCAUCUCCUAUUCGGCGUGAUUCCCCUUCACCAAUCAGGAGAACAACAAAGCAGCAGAGAUCUCCCCUGCAAUCCCACCAAGAAAGAACAAGGUCCAUUGAGAACCUGUCUCCAGCGCCACAACAAUCUUCUGGUUCUGAGGGGUCACUGCAGAGGGAAUCGAAGAAUGGAAAUGAUUACCGCAAAAGAGUUGCAGCUUUGUCGCCAUCACCAGAGAAGUCUCCUCCAAUGUCAGAAUCUCCACCAGGUGCAAGGAGUGUGAGGGAAAAGAGGAGAUUGUCCAGUCCAUAUGAAAGUCCUGUGAAACGACCAAGGGGGCAAAUUGCUCGUUAUGGUAGCUCAAGUCCUUCAAGGAAACCAAGAGAACAAAAACUUCGUCGUGACAGUCCCAAAGAAAGUGAAGAAGAGGAGGAUGCGGGUCACAGACCCAAGUCCUUAGAGAGAAGAUCAAGAGACACAUCACGGAUCAGUAAGCAGAUAAUUUCUCCUGCUAAGAUUCCUAAUAAGGAAGAGUACUCUCCUGAAAGAGUAGCAUCUGGUCAAAGGUUUACUGAAUCUAAAAGCUAUUUGGAUAAUACUGAAAGCAGAAACAAAGAGCAGGAAAUGAAGAGUGGAAAAUCCUCUGGGAGGGGGUCAAAUGUUCCAAUUCUCUAUAAAGACUCUCAGCCAGGUGAGACACAACGGGCAUCAAAUCCUGGUGAAGGUAAAAAAGCUGAUGAUAAGAACCGCUCUCAUUUAAAGAAUACCAAGGACAGCGAACAUCGUAAACCUGGAUCUUUACGCUCAUCUGUUGAAAUGAUUGAUCAUAGUAAUCAGAGUGGCGGUUUGGAUUCUGGUUCUGAGGACAGUGACAAAGGCAGAAGCGAAGACAAGGAAAAGAGAAAGAAUAAGAGAUUAGAGAGGCAAGAAGUGACUUCAGAUGAUGAUUACAGUUAUGAUUCUGCAAUUGAGGACAGAAAGGAGGCUAAAAGGAGGAGGAAAGAGGAAAAGAGGUUGCGGAAGGAGAAGAAGCGCCGAAGACGUGAGGAGCGACGUCGCAGAAGGGAAGAACGUCGUGCAGAGAAGCAGAAAUUGAAGAACUCCAGUGAUGCUUCUGGUUCAGAUGGUGAACAUGUCACCGGAAGGGGGUUUCAUUCAAGUGACAAUGAAGAAGAGGCUGUUCAGAAGAAACUUGAGAUUGAAUUGCGCAAGAAGGCUCUCGAAUCACUCAAAGCAAAAAAGGGCAUCAGUCAAUAAAUUUGUUACUUUGUUUAAAUAUGCUGAUGUCAUUUAAUCUUUUUAAUCUUAUCAAGUAGUAACAUUUCAGAUUUGUUAGGAAUAUAUUUUCUAUGAAUAGUGUUUCUAUGUUUUGGUUACUGUUUGAUGUAGUCUGUGUUUACUGCUGGCAGCUUAAGUGGAUAAAUGAGGAUUUCCUGAGCUAUUCUCUUGAGUUCAACUUUAAGCAGACCUUGCUCCUAGAUUUUCUGAUGAAAUUUAUGUCAACUACUUGAGCAGAUCAUAUGCAGAUUCGCAUUUUGACCAUUGAUUCAGGUUGGCAGCUUGAGAGUUCUUCCUGGGACUUAAUUUUCUAAAAUUCUCCAUGGUGAUUGGUUCAUGGAUUUUUCUGGUCCUGAUGUUGAUAUCAGCUGUAAGGUUAACAUGGAUAGUAUAUCAUGUAUGUAUAUGAAAUAUUAAUGCCGUGUGACGAUGGAGCUUGCUUUCUUACCGGGCUCCACAUCUUUUGUGAAGCAUUCAACUUUGAUAGAGAGAGUUUGUUGGUUGGAUCAUUUAUAACCUUAUUUACUUCAUCCUCUUGCAGUAUUGAUGAAUAUUUUGAUUUCAA